AUCCGGCUGCAAUGAAAAACAGGAAACCCAUCGAAAAUCACGCGACUUGACACCACGUGUGGUGCUUACUAACUAUUAUCUAACUAACUGCGGGCUGCGACGAGAGAAGUGAGGCUUCCUUCUUCAUUGGCUUGAAAACGCGUGUCUUCUUCUUUCCUCGGCAGAGCGAGCGCGAUCGAGCGUCGUCAAAAAUAGCAACCGGCCGCCGCCGCCGCUUUUUACGAGUCGCUCGUCGACGACUGCGGGAACGGGAAUCGCUUUCGCAGAGAACUCGUGACCAUGGCAGCUCAAAUUGAGAGAAAGCAGAUCGACUCGACCCCACUGAGGGAAUCUGGAGUUCCCAUCAUUUGGGUACUUGGCGGUCCUGGCUCUGGAAAGGGCACACAAUGCGAGCGCAUCGUGGCAAAGUACGGCUUCACCCAUCUUUCGUCAGGUGACCUGCUCAGGGCUGAGGUCCAAUCAGGGUCACCAAGAGGCCAACAAUUAAACGCCACCAUGGAACGUGGAGAGCUUGUGCCACUGGAAGUAGUGUUGGAUCUUCUGAAGGAGGCGAUGCUGACGAAGCUGCCAUCCUCAAAGGGCUACCUGCUCGACGGCUACCCACGCGAGGCCGCUCAGGGAGAACAAUUUGAGAGCGAGGUGGCUCCCUGCAGUUUGGUGCUCUUCUUUAACUGCUCUGACGCCACCUUGACUGAGCGAUUGCUGAAGAGAGGCCAGAGCUCCGGACGCGUCGACGACAACGAGGAGACCAUCAAGAAGCGCCUCAACACCUUUCAUCAGCACUCGAAACCUGUCAUAGAAAAAUACGCCUCCAAAUGCAAAGACAUCAAUGCUGAGCGCGCUCCCGACGACAUUUUCAAGGAUGUGGAAACCAGCAUCGAUGCUUUGUUGGCCGCCAAAGCUUAAAUAAGUAUUCCGAGAUUAGUGAGAAAACCAAAGAUUCCUAUGUCAUUUUAAAAUCUGUCGAUCGCUUACAAGACAAGCACACAAAUUAACUUCAAUGAAGACCAAAAAAGUAUUAUGAAAAUGUGAUUUUCCUUCAGCAGGUUGAAAAGUUGUUUUUAACUUUUCACUGAAGCGCUUGCUGAACUUCAAAGUUGCAUCAAAGCAAAUUUAAGCUUCUCCUCAAGAGUGCUGAGUUGUUGUUUUUCAAGUUAAGAAUAAACAAUUGUUGCAAGUUUAAAAA